AUGAAGUCCUGCUCUUUAGGCCACAGCUUGAUCUGUGCUGCCGCUGCGUUGGCCCUCUCUUUGCCACUUGUCGAGGGUUCACCACAGUACACCAAUUCAAAGACACCUUCAUGUCGCUUCGGUCUCGAGUGGUCUCAGAAAGAAGUGCUAAAGCGUCCUGAUGAUUUUGUCAGGGACCUCCUCUACUGGGAAGGCAAAUUUCAUCAGAACGACGUUGCAUACAACACCAAAAAUGGCAUGUCUUAUGAUGGAACCCAGCUUGACUGGAAGACUGGCAAGCACACCAAGAAACACACGUUCAGUGCAGCCAGUAAAGAAGCACUACAGAUUAUGCUUUACGCACAAGCCAUUUCCGGAUCUAAGGAAGCGGCUCGUUUCCUGACUCCGGAGAACCUUCAGGGCGCUCCAGCAUUCGCCGCAUCAAUCAUGGAGACGAAGCUGAAGACUUACAAGCAGUUUAACCAGACUUAUCCUGGCUUUGGUGGCUUCCUUCCCUGGGUCAAGACGGAUACGCAAACGAUUUCGCCCACGUAUGAUUGGGAUGACAGAGUCCCGGGUCUAGACAACGGGGAGCUUAUUUGGGCAGUCUACGCUUGCAUCGAAGCCCUCCAGAAACAGCCGAAUGCCAAGUUCCACAAGAUUGCCGACGGAUGGCAAAAAUGGCUCGAAUACGUUGCUUCCACUGCUCCAAAGAUCUUCUACAUCGGGAAAGGAAAGGUUUGUGCCGUCACUGCAAUUGGUGACCAGACGCUCCAAGUCAACGACAAGAAACAGUCGUACAAAUGCGAGACUGAGACUUACUUGGAUGACCCUUAUGAAGGAGAGCUUUUGACAUAUUUCUUCCAAUUCUUUACCAACCUGUCCAAGAAAGAUAAGCAAGCUCUGUGGGAGUAUAAGCGGCCUAAGCUGGAGAAGGCAGUGUAUAACAAAGGAGGGGUUGGUCCCAUCACUGUCCGAAAAGGUUUCUGGUUCUCGAGCCAUGAGAUUUGGAACCAGCUCGAGUUACCAUACCAUGAUGUUGACAUAGUUCGUCGUUUGUUCAAGAAUGGCGAACGCGCUCGCACGUGUAACUCUGUGGUCACCAAGUCACCCGGUCUCUACGCAUCAGUCAACAACUCAACCGAUCCCAAGACCGAUGAGAUUAUCGGCUACAUCUCGCCUGCUGGUAUUCCCUCGAUUGCCAGUCAGAAGGAUCAAGAACUCGACGUCGUCACUCCCUAUGGUGUCUUCCCGGUCGUGCUGUUCGACAAAGCUGUCGGUCUUGCUUGGUGGAGGAACAUGAUCGUUGGCAAGAAAAUGCAAAAUCCAUACGGCAGUACUGAGUCGACUCGUAUUGACGGCGAAGGUGUUUCGGCGUUGGUUACUUGGGAUAGCAAGGUCACUACUGUUUUGGCCCUCAUGGGCGGCGUUGUGGAUCUUGUGCGCGAUCGCAUGAAGUCUGACGGUAUCUAUUAUGAGUUCUUAAAGAUCACAGAGCGUGAGCAUGUACGGGUCUUUGGCCACAAUCUCAAAGGGGAGGAUAUCGAAUUCUGUCUUCCUAAGAACAAGGUGCCAGAUGCUGGAUUGAAGGAUUUCACUUCCUGUCAGAAGUAA